AUGUCGAAGCACGCUUUGAGAAGCAGCGCUCAAAAAGAAUCAAAAUUUACCGUAAAUACUUCAAUUGAUAAAAAGAACAUGAAUGCCUCUAAAGUUAAUGAAACACCAAGCAGAUUGCCAGGAAAAAACGGAGAAAAACGACCAAAAAUGGACAGAAUUGACGAAAUGUUCGAUAUGAUCAAAGCCGUCAUGGCGAAAUUAGACACGUUGGAUGAAAUUAAGCAACGCAUCGUUUACGUUGAACGAGAGUUAUCAGAGAUGAAAAAUUCAAUCGAAUUCGCUCACGCCGAAGUGAAAGAGUUAAAGGAAGAGGUGGUAGAAUCAAAGAGAUCUGAUCAGGAAAACAAAGAGAAAAUUCGCGCGUUAGAGGAAGCAAAUCAACAUCUGCUAGACAGCGUGAUUGAUCUCAAGGCUCGAUCCAUGCGUGACAACCUACUCUUUUACAAUGUUCAAGAAGAUGAAAAAGAAAACACGUGCGACAAGAUUUAUAAAAUCCUCGAAGAAAAUUUGCAAAUCCCUGAUGCCAGAGAGAAGAUUAAAAUAGAUCGUUCUCACCGAGUCGGAAGGAAGCGUGAUAGCAACCGUAAGCCGAGAGCAAUCGUUGUGAAAUUUAACUAUUUUCAAGAUCGCGAACAUAUUCGAAUGAAUGCCAGGAAACUCAGAGGCACACGCAUUGGAAUCGCGGAACAAUUUCCCGAAGAAAUCGAAAAGAUUAGACAAACAUUAUAUCCCGAAAUGAAGAAGGCGAAAGCGCAAGGUCACAGAGUGCGUAUGGUUCGAGACAGGUUGUAUAUAAACAAUGUCGAGUUCAAACAUUACUAA